AUGGCGUCCUCCCCUUCCUCCUCCUCCUCUUCGGCUGGUGUUCUCUCCUUCCCCAAUUUCUCUACUCUUGUCUCCACCAAACUCUCGGAAACCAAUUACCUUCUAUGGGAAAGUCAAGUCCAACCCUAUCUUAUUGGGCAAAAUUUUUGGCGAUUCAUCGAUGGUUCUCACCCAUGCCCUCCUGCUAUUCUUACCUCCACCAAAGACAAAGCUGUUGAUGAUGGUCUCAAUUCCUUGGUCUCCGUUCCUAACCCGGAAUACCUUACCUGGUAUCAAAAUGAUCAAUCUCUUAUCAGUAUUCUUCGUUCCACUCUCACCGAGCCGGUUCUUGCUCAAGUUGUUGGUCUCACCACUUCCCAGGCAGUCUGGGACUGUCUUCGUCAAAACUUUUCUCAACAAUCCCUUGCUAAUGCCACACAGCUCAAGUUUCAACUUCUCUCCAUCACCAAAGGGACUAAGACAGUCUCUGAAUACCUUGCUCUUGCCAAGAGCUUAUCUGAUCAGUUGGCAGCCAUUCGUAACCCCGUUUCCUCUGAUGAUUUGGUUAGCUAUGUGAUCCGUGGCUUAGGUCCCGACUAUGCCAUGCUCAUCACCGCUAUUAUGCAAUUUCCCCCCCUCCCCACCUUUGCUGACCUUCGGGCUCGUCUUCUCGCCUUCGAUGCCCAAUAA